CCCAGCCGGUGUGCCCCCAGUCCUGCCGAGGAACACAGGCCUCAGACAACCCACCCUGAGCCCCCACACCACAUCCCCAGCCGGUGUCCCCCCCGUCCAGGGGAACAUGCUCAAAUGCAGCCAAAGAGCAGCAGCCACCCUCCUCCUCCUCCUCUGCCACCCCGACUCAGAGGCUCCGGGGAUCGAUGUGCUGCUUCAGCACUUGCUGAGGCUGCAGCCCCUGAGCCUGGGGUUGCUGCAGGGCAGCUGAAGCAUCCAGUGCUGCCCUUGGUCACGGCACCUCAGGGGAGAUGCUCUGCAGAGCCUCACGCCAGGAGCUGCCCUCCUGCACCAACAGGACAGCUCAGGGUGUGCUCAGGGCAAGCGGGUCUUCCCCAAAGGCAGGAGGGAGGAGUCGUGGCCCUCCCUGGCUUCAGUGGGCACAGCCAGGACGGAUGAAGGUCGCCUUAAUGAGUGCCUCCCUCGGGCACCAGUGCCUGGUAACAGUCCCUGGCAAGGAGCAGAGCUGGCUCCGUGGCCAGCCCAGGGGCAAGCAGAGCUGUCCCAGCGGCAGGAGGGGCAAGGGAGCAGCCAGUCAGCACAGGCUGAGCCAGGGCGCAGGGGGUUAACAGGCCCUUGACUCGCAGCAGCCGCAGCCGCCAAAUUAGCUUUUUGCUGCCCUAAUGGAAAACAAUUCCCCAGCUCUCCUCUUCCCACUAAACCGCCUGAGCUCUGGAUAAUGACAUUCCUGCGUGUCCUUCACCCUAUGGCCACUCCUUCUCCGUCGCAGCCCGCGGCACCCCCUCUGCCGUGGGGACCCCACCGGGCUCAGCCCCGCUGCUCCCCCCAGGGCCGGGGGUGCUGGGGAGUCCCCAGCUCGUGGGGUGAUGAGGAUUAGGGCAGCAGGAAGGACCGCGUUUGGGAGAGAAGCAGCACCGGGGGGUGACCGCCAUCCCCACUGCCAGCCUGGGUGCAGGAUGUGACACGAGGGGCUCCCAGAGGUGGCGGGUUUAUUCCAGCAUUCCGCCAGAGGCUGGGCAGCGGCGGAGCAGCCGCGCUAUGGAUUACAGCCGGUCGCGGCUCCCCGGCGGCUGCACACCGGCACGGCCGAGGUGAUCCUCAGCUCCCCUGGGGACGAGCGACCACCACGCAGGGUCGGUGCUGGCUGCGCAUCGCUCUGCCCGCCCGCAGGGAGGGCCACGGCCAGGGACGGGGACAGGGACCGGGCCAGGGCCACCACUCCCCGCGCCGGGGCCAAUGGGAUCCCGCCCGGCCCCCCGGCCGCGCACCGCCCGCCCGUAAAUAGGGGCAGAGCGGGACCGCGCUCCCGGAGCGCGCCCGGCUCCCGGAGAUGCCGCCCGGCAAGGAGCCGGACGAGGCUCCGCGGAGCUCGCAGCGUGCGGAUGUGCCCCGGCGGCGCUGAGCCCGGAGAAACUUCGCGCUCCGGGGAUGAGCAGCUCCAGGAGGCAGCGAGGCGCCAGCCCAGCCCGACACACAGCCCCGCAGCGCCCCAGCGCCCCAGCCCGCUGAUGCCGAUCGCCGGCGCCCACCCGGCCCCCGGCAGCCCCCGGCAGCGCAGGUACGAGGCAGCCUCGGGUGAGCCGCGGCAGAGCCGGGCACGGCGAUGCCGCCCUUGAGGUCUUCUCAAGCCCCACGGCUGGAACCGGGAUCCUCUUUCGCGGGGUGCAAAGGGGUGCCUGUGGAUGCUUGGUAGAUCCAAGCCAGCACUGGGGGAGAGACGAGAGACGGCGGCAGAUUUUUUCUCGCGUCUCACCGAGCCUGGCUGUACAGAGGCUCCUGCCUGCCACAAUGUCCUCGCCGGCGACCGUGGACACGGUCUGGCCGCGGGUGGCAAAGCUGCUCCUGCUGCUGCUCCUGCCGUGCGCCCCCCGAGCCUCCCCGCAGCCCCAGCGCUGCCCCGACGCCUGCAUCUGCACCUCCGACCUGCUGAGCUGCAGCCGGCGGAUGCUGCAGCGGGUGCCCCGGGCACUGCCGCCCACCACCACCACGCUGGACCUCAGCCACAAUGCCCUCGCCCAGCUCCACGACCACUGGCUGGCCGCCCUCCCGCACCUCGAGGCCCUUCACAUCAGCCACAACCAGAUUCGGGACCUUUCCCCGCGGGCUUUCCACAAUGCCUCCUUCCUGCGGCACCUGGACAUGUCCUCCAACCACCUGCAAGCUGUGGAGAGGCACUACUUCGAGGCGCUGGUCAGCCUGGAGGAGCUGCUGCUCUACGACAACCACAUCAAGCGGGUGGACGAAAACGCCUUUGCCAAGCUGAGUGAUCUGCGGAAAGUCUACCUGAGCUGGAAUAACCUGACCACCUUCCCCUUCCAUGCUGUGCAGGGGCUGGGAAUCCACAAGCUCCGCACGCUGGACCUCUCCUCCAACAGCCUGAGCAGCAUCCCCGUGGAGGUGCUGGCAGCUCUGCCUGAAAACAUCGGCAAUGGCUUGUACCUGCACAACAACCCCAUCAGGUGCAGCUGCCCGCUCUACCUGAUGCUUCAGCGCUGGAAUCAGCGAGGUUUCAGCUCCGUGAAAGAUUUCUUUGAGGAGCACACCUGCAAGGUGUCUGACAACGCGCCCCGGUCCCUGAUCAAGUUCCUCAAACACAGAGACAUGUUUGAGAACUGCUCGGCGAGCACCGAAGACGUGCACCUCUCGCACUUGGAGGUGGUGGUGGGCCAGCCCGUCCUGCUCACCUGCAACACCAGUAACACCAGCCUGCCGCACGCUGCCACCACCUACAUGUGGAUCACCCCUCACCACGAGCCCAUCAAACACCCAGGGAACAGCAACCGCUCCCUGGAGCUCUAUCGCAACGGCAGCCUGAGGAUCGCCGCAGCCAAGCCCUGGCUCUCGGGGGUCUACGUAGGCUUGGCCAUGAACAGCCCCUACAACUACAGCAGGAUGUGCGAGUUCAACGUGACCGUCCUCUACCCCAAGGCACCUGGGGAGACCUUCAGCACCGGCCUCACGACCCUGCUGGGCUGCAUUGUGAGCCUGGUGCUGGUGAUCAUCUACUUGUACCUCACGCCGUGCCGCUGCCUGGGCUGCUGCAAGAAGCCGGCCCCGCUGAGCCCCCCGCAGGAGUGCAGCGCCCAGUCCUCCAUCCUCAGCACCACUCCCCCUGCCACCGACGGGCCAAACCGCAAGGCCAGCGCCAACAAACACGUCGUCUUCCUCGAGCCCAUCAGGGAGACACAGAACGGCAAGAUCCGCCUGGCCCUUGGCGAGGACUUCCCCGACCCCAAGCACCCCAAGGUCCUGCAGCUCAAGUCGGACUCGGAGUCCAUCAGCUCUGUCUUUUCUGAUACCCCCAUUGUGUCUUAGUGGGACAAAGCUGGGAGCGGAGCCGAGACCUCCCAAGAGCUGGUCUCCUCCAUCGCUGCUGGAUCAGGAUUAUUGGGCAUCCCGAUACUGGCUUGACCACGACCCAUGGGAAUGAUUGACAUCACUCACAGCUGCUUCAGCCACGGGCUCCUCGUGGGUUUUGGGCCACGGGCACGUUGGUGCCCAGCAAGAGCACCUUGCAUAAUCUGCUGGCAAUGGCCUUGUUAGCACACGGGUAACGCUGAUGAACCCAGCAUGCUGGAGAAACACCCCCUCAUUCAGGCACCCACCCUCCCUAAUGUGACACCAGGCCUGGGGGUCUGGCACGUCCCCAGGCAUGAGAUGCCAAAUCUGACACCACUGCCACAGACCCUCCAGGCCAAGGAUUAACUGUGACAAGUGGGACACUGUCCUGGCUCAUGUCAAGGUCCUGAGGAAUGGCAAUGCCACCGCCCUCUCCCAGCACAGGCCGGUUGCCAUCAGCAUGCCAUGGCUGGGAGCAGGGGACUGUGACCCUGUCACAAACGGGGAGUACACACCCCCACACCCCUCCCCAAAUUUGGAGGAAUGGAGCUCAGCGCCUAACCAGCCACGCAGCCAAGCAAACCUCACAAGCUUUUGCUUCCCGAGAAGCUGUAACUCGUCAAGGCAGGACGAGGUGACGAGUCACAGCGCCCCUGCCCGCAUUGCUCAGAGCUCGCCGUGCCACAAGGACACUGAGGUCUCCGAUGCACCACGCGCUCCUUCGCUGCUUCUCCUUGAGGCGGACGCGCACUGCUCAAGCACAGCUAUUUAGGCAGUAACCUAAUCAGCCUAUCGAUAAAUGUGAGUAAUCCUCCCCUCUCCUGGGUCGUAAUUCUCUAGUUCCAUUGGAAUAAAAAUGCCU